GAUUCCAAUACACUCAGUCUCCUCCAUCAGUUCCUCUGCUCCAGCCUCUCUCUCCUGUCUCUUGUCAGUCUCAGCCCUUCUCUCCUUUUAUUCAUAUUGGCACCUUUAUUCCCCCAGCCUCACUCCUGCACCUCUAAAGUCUCCUUCUCCCCAAAAUCCUCACUCACUGCUGCUUCUUCUUCAUCUUCCCCCCACUGCUCCUUUAUCUCUUCUCUCUGCUAAACCCUCUCUACUUGGUGCUCUCUAUAGAGAAGAGGUGUCCCGCUUCUACAGAAAGGCGGUGGGAGCGGUGUCGCGGUUCCGCCAGAAGCUGGUGGUGUCGGAUACUGAUUUGUCGUUGCCCGUUCUGACUCUUGGACCCGCAAUGCAAGGAUUGGGCCCGGCCUGUAUCUUCCUGCGAAAGGGCAUUGCUGAAAAACAGGGGUAUCGGGAAUUGGGCGCCGACGAGAUUGAAGAGCUCCGAGAUGCCUUUGUGGAGUUUGAUAAGGACAAGGAUGGAUUUAUUACCUGCAAGGACCUGGGGAACCUGAUGCGGAUCAUGGGGUACAUGCCUACUGAGAUGGAGCUCAUUGAACUCUCCCAACAAAUCAACAUGAACCUUGGAGGUCGGGUAGAUUUUCAAGACUUUGUAGACCUGAUGACCCCUAAGCUCCUAGAAGAGACAGCUGGGAUGAUUGGAAUGAAAGAAAUGAGAGAUGCCUUCAAAGAGUUUGAUGCUAACGGGGAUGGAGAGAUCACAUUGGAUGAAUUACAACACGCCAUGCAAAGGCUUCUGGGAGAAAAUCUAACCAGUAAUGAGAUCGCUGAUGUGGUGAGAGAGGCAGACCUGAAUGGAGAUGGAACGGUGGAUUUUGAAGAGUUUGUCCGGAUGAUGUCACGCUGAUGCCCCUCCCCAAAUAAUAAACCAGUCAUCUAUCAUCUCUGAUUUUUCAUUCGUCAUCUUGGGGCCUUGGAUUCCCAGCAGCCAUUGCACCUCCUCCCUCUUCAUUUUUCAUUGUUCAUCAAUAAAUAAACAUGUUUUUCUAAUUA